UUAUCAAAAUGGUAAAAUUGGUUUUGUAUAUGGAUCCAUUAAGUGCUCCCUCUAGAGCAGUCAUCUACUUGGCCAAACACAUAGGAGUGGAGCUGGAAUACAGAAUAGUUAAUCUAUCCAAGCGUGAAACCCUCAAACCUGAAUUUAUCAAAAUGAAUCCAAUGCACACAGUACCUACUCUAGUCGAUGGUAGUGAAGUGAUAUAUGAUUCUCAUGCCAUUUGUGCUUACCUAGUGGAGAAAUACACAUUUAAUGAUGACAAACUGUAUCCCAAGGAUUUGGUGAAACGUGCCAUGGUUAAUGCAAUUUUGCAUUUCGAUUCAUGUGAUUUGUUCUCCCCCAUGAGAUCUAUGUAUGUUCAGGUUUUAUAUUAUGAUUCCCAUGAAUUGUGCCGGACAACUAUUGCUUCCAUACAACAAGCCUGGUUGAGCAUGGAACGUUUAUUGGCGAAACAUGCAUACCUUUGUGGAGAACAUAUGACCAUUGCUGAUAUAUGUUGUGUUGCAACCAUAUCGGCCGUGGACAGCAAUGCUCCCAUUGAAGAAAAGGCAUAUCCGAAAUUACUCGAUUGGCUGAAACGUAUGCGUGCUAUGCCAUUUUACAAUGAUGAUGGUGCUGAAGCUUUAAAGAAACGUAUUGUGGAGAAAUUGGCCGAAAAUCGCAAGGCCAUGUAAAGUGGAGAGUUCGAGCCUCUAUUAGCCAUUGUUUUUUUGGUUUUCUGUUGGAAGAAAAAAAAAUUAACACUAAAUAUUGGGUUGCCCAAAAAAUAAUUGCGGAUUUUUUAAAAGAAAGUAAAUGCAUUUUUAAUAAAACUUAGAAUGAACUUUAAUCAAAUAUACUUUUUUUCUAAAGCAAGCUAAAAGUAACAGCUGAUAACUGACAGAAGAAAGAAUGCAAUUACAGAGUCA